UCCUCCCCCCCAUCUCUCCUUCCUUUUCCCUCCCCCCCGGCUUCCCCCUUCUUCCGCUCCCGCAUUCCCGUCGGCAGCCGGCCGGCGGCUGGGACACCAUGCUCGGGCUUCUGCGACUGCUGCUACUGCUUCCGCACCCGGGGUCCCCCGAGCCCUCCGGCCUGGCCUCGCUGUCCCCGGGGGCGCCCCCCCAGGCCCCCGACUUGCUCUACGCCGACGGGCUGCGCGCCUACGCGGCCGGGGCUUGGGCGCCGGCCGUGGCGCUGUUGCGGGAGGCGCUGCGAAGCCAGGCGGCGCUGGGCCGCACGCGGCUGGACUGCGGGGAGCACUGUGCGGCCGAACCGGGGGCCGCGCUCCUGGACGCCCUGGCGCCUGACUCCGGGCCCGGAGGGGUACAGGGGGCCUGGGAGCGGCUGCUCCUCCGCGCCGCGCUCCGCCGCGCCGAGUGCCUGACCCAGUGCACCGCGCGGAGGCUGGGUCCCGGGGGCGCGGCGCGGCUGCGCGUAGGGAGCGCUCUCCGGGACACCUUCCGUCGCCGGGAGCCCUACAACUACCUGCAAAGGGCCUACUACCAGCUGAAGAAGCUGGACCUGGCAGCAUCUGCAGCGCACACCUUCUUUGUAGCAAACCCCGCGCACCUGCAGAUGCGGGAAGACAUGGCUAAGUACAGACGGAUGCCUGGGGUUCGGCCCCAGAGCUUCCGGGACCUGGAGACGCCCCCACACUGGGCAGCCUAUGACACUGGCCUGGAGCUCCUGGCUCACCAGGAGGCAGGGCUGGCACUGCCCAGGCUAGAGGAGGCCCUGCAGGAGAGCCUGGCCCAGAUGGAGAGCUGCCGGGCUGGCUGUGAGGGGCCUGAGGAGCAGCAGAGGGAGGGAGAAGAAGAGGGGCCGGGGAGCCAGGGCGGCCUCUAUGAGGCCAUUGCAGGACACUGGAUUCGGGUCUUGCAGUGCCGGCAGCGCUGUGUUGGGGACACGGCUACACGUCCUGGUCGCAGCUUCCCUGUCCCCGAUUUUCUUCCUGGCCAGCUGAGACGGCUGUAUGAGGCCCACGCUCAGGUGGGGAAUCUGUCCCAGGCUGUGGAAAAUAUCCUGAGUGUCCUGCUCUUCUACCCGGAGGAUGAGGCUGCCAAGAAGGCUCUGAAUGAGUACCAGGUCCAGCUGGGAGAGCCAAGUUCUGGCCUUGGGCCAAGAGAGGACAUCCAGCGCUUCAUCCUUCGGUCCCUGGGAGAGAAGAGACAGCUCUACUAUGCCAUGGAGCACCUGGGGGCCAGCUUCAAGGAUCCUGACCCUUGGACCCCAGCAGCUUUCAUCCCUGAGGCACUUAGAGAAAAGCUCAGAGAGGAUCAAGAGAAGAGGCCUUGGGAUCACGAGCCUCCACAGCCGAAGCCCUUAAGUCACUGGAAGGAUGUCCUCCUACUGGAGGGAGUAACCCUGACCCAGGAUGCAAGACAGCUGAAUGGGUCGGAGCGCGCCGUGUUGGAUGGGCUGCUCUCCCCAGCCGAGUGUGGCGCGCUGCUGCAGCUGGCCAGGGACGCAGCUGAAGCUGGAGCCAGGUCUGGCUACCGUGGCCGCCGCUCCCCUCACACCCCCCAUGAACGCUUCGAGGGGCUCACGGUACUUAAGGCCGCACAGCUGGCCCAGGCUGGGGCUGUGAGCCGGCAGAGCGCUAAGCUGCUUCUGGAGGUGAGCGAGCGUGUGCGGGCCUUGACGCAGGCCUACUUCUCCCCGGAUCAGCCCCUUCAUCUUUCCUUCACCCACUUGGUGUGCCGAAGUGCCAUAGAAGGAGAGCAAGGGCAGCGCAUGGACUUGAGUCACCCGGUGCAUGCAGACAACUGCGUCCUGGACCCCGACACCGGAGAGUGCUGGCGGGAGCCCCCCGCCUACACCUAUCGAGACUACAGUGGACUUCUCUACCUCAACGAUGACUUCCAGGGCGGGGACCUGUUCUUCACGGAGUCCAAUGCCCUCACUGUCACGGCUCAGGUCCGUCCUCGCUGUGGACGCCUCGUGGCCUUCAGCUCUGGGGUGGAGAAUCCCCAUGGCGUGUGGGCUGUCACAUGGGGACGGCGCUGCACCCUGGCCCUGUGGCACACGUGGGCACCUGAGCACAGGGAGCAGGAGUGGACAGAAGCCAAAGAGCUGCUGCAGGAGCCAGAGGAAGAAAAAGAGGAGGAAAUGCCCAGCAGAGACCCUUCCCCAGAACCUCCCAGCCUCAGGCUUCAGCGGGUCCAGGACAAGGCUGCAAAACCACCUCGGGUCCGAGAAGAGCUGUAAGGGGCUGAGGCAGCCCCUUGGGAAUGUGCCCACUUGACCUGUGAAGAGCCUCUUUGAUGCCAGGACCCAUGGGAAGCCCCCAGGUGACAGGGGCAGAGCAGUGACCUUUCCAUCCCUGCACCCCCACCACCUUGGGAAUUGUAAGGGCCAGCCAGCCCUGGACUCAGAGGUCACUGCACAGACCAGCCUAGUGCUCCCCAGGCCUGCUCCCAGCUGAUGGGCCUCCAGCCCUUGGACAGAGAGAGGACACCGUGCCUCCCUGGAAAGAAAUGGUGGGGUUGGGCCUAGCUGCUUCAGAUGAGGGGGGCCAAGGGGAGGAGAACCCCACUGCCCUUUCCCCAGCCUGUAAUAAAGAACUUGAAGGUCCCUCAGCAAGGGCCCAGUCAAGUGUA